UGAAGAAUGACGGUGGUGGGGCCUGAAAGAUAGUCGAUGCCUCGCGUGGUCCCGUCACCUUUUCAGUGUGGUUGUUCUCCAACGUUCGCGAUAACGUCUCGCCCCUUCUUUAUCCUGCCGGCGCUCAUUCAGCGUUCAGGCUUCGACACGAGGCGGACACGACUCCUCCUUCGAAGUUCUCUUUACUUCGACUACACUGGGUUGUUAUCAUUUUCCCGGGCAACAGUUUCCUAUCUUGACAAUUCGGUGUUGAGUCGACACAAUCGGUUGGCUGUCUGUCUGUUGACUCGAAUGUGGAUGUCACGAGUUGACCGCUGAAUAUAAAAGGGCACGCACGGAUGUCGCUGACUCAGUCGGUUUCGCGCUCUUGUAGAAGUUCGGUAGUGCUUAUGAUAACGCCUCUUGGACACGUGGUGAUGUAAACAUUGCUACUGUUGACUGGAAAUCGAUCGGAACGCACUGAACUUGAGUCGGACAGCUUGCCACGUGGUCUCCUAAUCCCAGGUGAUCCCUGAUUAUUUAUCGUACAAGGAAGUCCGUUCAGGCACCGACCGAUCAGCAAGAUGGCGGAUACAGGGAGAUACGAAGAACAUACCAUAUGUAAGACACGUCCAACAUGCAGCCUGCGAAAACUGAGAGACAUGAUCCCAGCGCGAGUGGUGCUAUAUAUGCUGUCAUUCUCAGGAUUCACUGUCUCUUUCAUGAUGAGAAACGACAUAAACAUCGCCAUGGUGGCGAUGGUCAAGCAACCAUCGACCAUAUCUAACGACACCAUAGUCACAGUCGAUUCUCAGUAUUGCUACACAACACCAAAUGCAUCCUUUACAAACAACGAUACGCUCUCCUGGGAUAAGGAACAAGGGGAAUUCGAAUGGAGCCCGACCAUACAAUCCGUCAUCAGUGGCUCGUUCUACUGGUGUUACAUACUGUCCCAAGUGGUUGGCGGUGUGCUCGCACAGUACUUCGGCACUAAAACAGUUUUCGGCGGGUCCCAGCUAAUUACGGCGAUCUGCAGUUUGCUUUUGCCGACUGCGGCGGGGAUCCAUUAUGGCUUCAUAAUUGCUCUCAGGAGUAUACAGGGCGUCGCAAGUGGACUCACAUGGCCCGCAAUGUAUGCCGUCGUUGGACAUUGGAUCCCGCCUGUGGAACGUUCUCGUUUCAUGUCUUCCUUCCAAGGGUUCAGCUUCGGCAUCGGGAUUACCUAUCCACUGUGCGGAUUCAUCAUCGCUCACUUUGGCUGGAGAUUGGUUUUCUAUACAACUGGCACCGUUGGCAUCAUCUGGUGCCUUUUCUGGUACUUCUUUGCUUUCGACAGUCCCGCCGAUCAUCCAAGAAUAUCGCAGCAGGAGCUACGGUAUAUUCAAGAAAGCGUUGGAAACCAAGUCCACAGGACUCAGGAGAGUAUGCCAGUUCCGUGGAAGCAUAUCUUAACAUCGUGGGCAGCCUGGUCAAUUGGAAUCACUACAUUCGGUAGGAUAUGGGUACACUAUGUUUUCAUCAUUUCUGGACCAAUGUACAUGAAAACAGUCCUAGGGUUCAGUAUCCAAGCAAACGGGGUUUUGUCUGGUUUACCCUUUAUCUGCAGCUACUUCAGUUCUGUAGCAUUCUGCUAUGUAGCUGAUGUUCUAGUCACACGACAGAUUCUCUCACUGACAAACAUCCGCAAGGUGUUCACCGCUGCCGCUCAAGUGGUUCCUGGAAUAUUAUUGGUAUUGAUCGGUUAUCUGGGUUGUGAUAUCAUUCUCGUUUUAGUGGUAUGGUUCAUAGCUGUCAGCCUUAUCACUGCUGCCUACGCAGGAGCGAUGGCAAGCAUCGUUGAUAUCGCGCCAAACUUUGCUGGUCCGAUAUUAGCAUUUGCGCAGACAAUUCACAUGUCAGCUAGUUUCCUAUCUCCUAUUGUAGCUGGACUACUUACUCAGAAAAGCCAAGCCCUCGAUGCCUGGAGGCAAGUUUUCGGCGUGAGCGCGUGUGUUGCCUGUGGCACUUAUGUCGUCUAUCAGGUUUUCGGAACUGCAGAUAUUCAGGCAUGGAACUAUCCCGAUCUCAAGUAUCCGCAGUCUGAUAAGGAAGAUUUCGAGCCUUUGAACGAUAUUUCCCGGAAGAAUGGAAAAAUCAUGAAGUCGAACUUGGCCGAAGAAGCAUAACACAAUUCAGCCGCAAGAAACACAUGAGUUAUGAUGAUCACGUAUCGGAGAUAAUUAGAAAUGCCCCUCGCUAAGUAUCGCGUGAGGAAACUUAUUCUGCCUGUGUACACGAGGAAAAUUUAUCUUUUUUAAAUGUU